GCGCGCAGUGCCCAGCGCAUGAGCUAUAUAAACGCCGACCAGCGAACAGCGCGCGUGUCAGUGAGUCGAUCGCUCCCCAUACAUCCAGCUCUUCUGUACAUCAUACCUAACCAGCAAACAUGUGUGACGACGACGAUGUAGCGGCACUUGUUGUGGACAAUGGCUCCGGAAUGUGCAAGGCUGGUUUCGCCGGUGAUGACGCUCCUCGUGCCGUCUUCCCUUCCAUCAUUGGGAGACCACGUCACCAGGGUGUCAUGGUUGGUAUGGGUCAGAAGGACAGCUAUGUAGGAGAUGAGGCGCAAAGCAAGAGAGGUAUCCUGUCUCUGAAGUACCCCAUCGAGCACGGAAUCGUCACCAACUGGGACGACAUGGAGAAGAUCUGGCAUCAUACCUUCUACAAUGAACUGCGUGUUGCCCCAGAAGAGCACCCAGUCCUGUUAACUGAGGCCCCAUUGAACCCCAAAGCCAACAGAGAAAAGAUGACACAGAUCAUGUUUGAGACCUUCAAUACUCCUGCCAUGUAUGUAGCCAUCCAGGCUGUCCUGUCACUGUACGCUUCCGGCCGUACCACCGGUAUCGUGCUGGACUCUGGUGAUGGUGUCAGCCACACCGUCCCCAUCUACGAGGGUUACGCUCUGCCCCAUGCCAUCAUCCGUCUGGACUUGGCUGGACGCGAUCUGACCGACUAUCUGACCAAGGUCCUGACUGAGCGUGGAUACAGCUUCGUGACCUCUGCUGAGAGGGAAAUCGUGCGUGACAUCAAGGAGAAGCUGUGCUACGUCGCCCUGGACUUCGAGCAGGAGAUGGCCACCGCUGCUGCCUCCUCCUCCCUGGAGAAGAGCUACGAGCUUCCCGACGGACAGGUCAUCACCAUCGGCAAUGAGAGGUUCCGUUGCCCGGAAGCUCUCUUCCAGCCAUCUUUCUUGGGAAUGGAAUCCACCGGUAUGCAUGAGGCUGCCUACAACUCCAUCAUGAAGUGCGACAUUGAUAUCCGUAAAGAUCUGUACGCCAACACCGUCUUGUCCGGUGGCACCACCAUGUACCCAGGUAUUGCCGACAGAAUGCAGAAAGAGAUCACUGCUCUCGCCCCAAGCACCAUGAAGAUCAAGAUCAUUGCUCCACCAGAAAGGAAGUACUCCGUAUGGAUCGGUGGCUCCAUCCUGGCUUCCCUGUCCACCUUCCAGCAGAUGUGGAUCAGCAAGCAGGAGUACGACGAGUCCGGCCCAGCAAUUGUGCACCGCAAGUGCUUCUAAGACGUUUAACGGUCACCAUCAUCAUGCGUCGUCUUCUUUGCCGUUACGUUGUCUUUCCACAGCAAGCGAGCCUUCACUGUUGCCUGGCGGAACCGCAGUUGCCAUCGGUAUUUUACAACCAGAGUGACGGGCCGUUCCAUGAGGCCCUCCCAUCCCGAUCUUCGCUACUGUGCCUGUUGCUCCUGCGUCGCGCUCGAUGACCGUGGGCUAUCACUUUACCGUGCAGAAUUGGCCGACCGGGGUUGUCGGUGUGAAUACCGGGCCUGUUCAGAGGACCAGCAUGUUUCAUUAUACAGAUCAGCAAUUUACGGCAGGCCUUCCGCAUUUCGACCGUAGCAUUUAUUAGAAUUCUUUAGCAAUUGCGUCAGUUGUAUUUUUUGAAAUUUUAGUUUUAGUUGGCAUUUUCAUCGCCAUUAAAUAUCGGUCCGGUCGGUUGUAAACGUUUUGAACGGUUUUAGUUGACGUCAUGAAAAUAUAAAUAUUAAUUUGACUGUAUUUGAUUCCUCAA